UUUUAAGAAUCAUUUUUAAGAUCAUCCAAAAGCCAGAAUGCUGCUUAUCGCGACAAUAUGGUUGUGUGCCAUGGUGUCACACAUUAAUGGAGCUCUAGUUGUGAGUUCUUCUUAUGAGGGUGGUGAUAAAGAGGGCAAAAAUACUCCGAAUACGACCGUCCCCGAGAUCUAUCAAAUGCGCAUCACAUCUAGUAUCCGCAAUCGCUUCGCCCAUACAACUAUCGUAAGCAGAGUUAGAAAUUCGGCAGACAAUCCUCAGGAGGCCGUCUUCUCAGUAAUCCUACCAGAAACCGCCUUCAUUUCCGGUUUUAUUAUGGAAAUUGAUGGAAAAAAUUAUACAGCUUACGUUAAGGAGAAAGAGGAGGCUAAGCGCGUUUAUGACCAGGCGGUAGCGAGUGGUAUGGGUGCGGCCCAUGUGGCAGUCAGCGCGCGUGAUUCCAAUCGAUUCGUGGUAUCCGUAAAUAUCCAACCAGAGUCAAAGGCAGUCUUCUACUUGACAUACGAGCAGCUUUUGGAUCGUAAAGACAGUCACUACGAGCAGGUUAUUAAUAUCCAUCCGGGCCAGCCCGUUAAAGAUCUUAGUGUCGAAGUUGUAAUUGCGGAAAGUAGGAAAAUUACCGACUUAAAGGCGCCACCUCUACGUUCAGGAAACGAAAUCGGGACCGACAAGCCAGAACUCGAUCCAAGAGCCGAUAUAGAAAUAUUCAAUGAUACCGCGGCAGUUGUCAAGUUUAGUCCAAAUGUCGAACGGCAAAAGGAGUUCGCACGUGUACUCGGAACGAAAGAAGAGAACGGUCUUUCUGGACAAUUUGUAGUGCAGUACGAUGUUGAGCGAGAUCCGAGUGGUGGAGAGGUUCUGAUUGAAGAUGGAUACUUUGUACAUUUCUUCGCCCCGAAAGAAUUAGACCCUCUACCGAAGCAUGUAGUUUUUGUGCUAGACACCAGUGGUAGCAUGUGGGGGCAAAAGAUACAGCAACUUAUUCAAGCGAUGAACAGCAUUGUCGAUCAACUGAACGAAAGUGACUUGAUCAGUUUAGUGGAAUUUAACAGCAACACAAAGGUGUGGGACCUGGAUAAUCCAGAAAAAAGCACGUGGUAUCCACGUGCAAACAGUCGAUAUUAUGAACACAUUGGACAAACAUCGGUACCGUUAGAGAAUGCUUCAUUUCCAAGUGCUUUCCCAGCAAAUUCAGAUGUAAUCCGCAAGGCUAAAGCGGCAGUCUCCAAAUUAGUUGCUCAAGGCUCAACGGCCAUGUUUGGAGCUUUGCAAGUUGCCUUACGAUUGGUCGAGUUGGAGAGAAAUAGACAACGCGAUUCUAACGACUUAAGACGUCAGCCAAUAGUUAUAUUUUUAACCGAUGGAGACCCCACAGAUGCAACCACCGAAGAUAUCACUUCCAAGAUAAGCGAAUUUAACUCUGAAGCAAAAAGAGCGCCAAUUUUCUCGUUAUCCUUCGGUAAUGGCGCUGACAAGAACUUCUUGCAAAAGUUAGCCUCGCGGAACUUUGGAUUUUCGAAACACAUCUACGAAGCAGACGACGCCUCCCUACAACUUCAGGACUUCUACCAAUUAGUUUCAUCCCCAUUAUUGUCAGACGUUACCUUCAAAUACGAAUCGACCGUCGCCGCUAAUAUUACCAACACACAAUUUCCCAUACACUUUAAAGGGUCCGAAAUUGUAGUUGCCGGUUAUUGCGGUGCCAGAUUUCCAACUCCAGUCAUUGACGGUAUUGGAAGACGAGGGCGAAUUUCUCUUAAACCUGUCGUAACUACAACGACAACUUCAAAUAUGGAAAGAAUUUGGGCAUAUCUGAGCAUUAAACAAUUACUCGAAAAGAAGGAGACGUCAGAAGGCGAGGAAAAUCAACGGAAAAAGAAAGCUUUAGAUUUAGCUCUCAAGUACAGCUUUGUUACACCGGUCAGUUCAUUAGUGGUAGUCAAACCGAAUGAAACCAAUGCAGUGAAUACCGAAGACGCCGAGCGUCAACCUGUUCCAACGCAAGGCCUAGGUUUACGAGGAAUUUCAACGUUUGGAAGUACGGCAUCAAGAAUCUCCGGACCUCAUUGGGGUCACGUUGCACAAAGAACAUCUUAUCAUGCUAGCAAACCGUUCUUUGGAGGUAUACUACUUUCAGGAAGACCCAUGAGUGUUGCACCAGCAAGCUACCCAGGAAUACCGCGACCUUCACCAAGUGGGCAAAGUGCACAUCAUAUAAAUAUUAUAGGCGGGGUUCCACAAGUUAAAGACACGCCUGACGGCCGAGUGGAACCGUUUCAUCUUACUACUUCGUCCCUACACCAAUUGUUACAAAAGCUUCCUUGGCUUAGAGACAUACUCACGAAUGGUAUGGUGAAGGGACCUACAGGUUUCUUCAAGUUGGGUGUUAACGAAACCAUCACCGACAACGUUCCAUGCCUGAAAGCAACUAAUAACCAAGAAGGAAGAUGCAAGUUACUUCACGAAUGUCACCAAGCUGUCUUACCAUCAGUAACUGAGUAUUAUGACCAUUUCUGCGUCUUGCGAAAUGAGUUUGCCGGAGUCUGCUGUCCAACGUAAUUUAUAUACCAAUGAAGUGUAAUACAUAAAAUAAGUAUCUAUUUUUUAAUAAAAUCACAAAAAGUUUUAAACUA